AUGAGUUGGAACAGUCUACCGCCCGAGCUUCAACUAGAAGUAUUCGAGAUGCUUCUCGAACCCGAAUCCAAUGCAGCUCCAGACGCGGCCGUUCCAGACCAAAUGGCUAAGCCGCGUAUUCUGUCCACCUGUGCCAUGGUGUGUCAAGAAUGGCAAGCAUAUUUUGAGAAACAAAAUUUCAAACGACUUAUACUACAUCAAGACGACGUUUGUCAAUUCGGUGAAAUCCUCACUCGCCACCAGCGCACAUUCUUGGUGCGAUGGAUCUGGCUGCGCAUUGAACUCCCAACCUACGACUGCAGUAGAUGCGGAACACCAGAGUCUACCGAUGAAGAUGUUGCCAAUAAAUACAUCUUCACAAACGCCGUGUGGGAUCUUCUGGGAAUACUAUCUGCUUGGCCUAGGAACAAAGAAAUCGAACAAGAACGGAGAGGUCUCACAUUGGAACUCAGUGUUCAUUCGCCGAGCGACACCGAUCACUACUGUCAAGACCUAGCUGUGAGGGUUAACGAUACGGCCUGGUCCUUGCAUACACCGCCGCCGAGGGUUUAUGAGGAUAAAUUUCAUCGGUGGAAGAAUGGGCACCCUACUCAUUACGUGAAAAAUAACGCCCUACUACGCGUGUUUGGACAUCCCAGGGGGUUGCGUUUUGACCUUCGGGCCCCGUCUGCUCGACGAUGGAGACGGGUUUUGCCGAAAGUCGGCGUGGUUAAGAGCUUCAAGAUCCGACGUCAAUUCUUUCGCCAUUUCUCUGUGGCCAAGGCCUUAGCGCCAAUUAUUGAAUCCCUCCACCGCCUGGUAAGGUUUGAAUAUGAGCCAUGGCGAGGUAUAGAUACUGCCAAAUUUAAAGGCAAGAGUGUUAGAGACGAAGAGCAUCAGCAACUCUUUGAAGUCUUGAGGUCCAAACGGAGCCUUAGGUUUAUCUCAUUCUUCGAAGACCUUAACCCUAUUUAUCACAAAUGGAACGAAUAUAAGAGGGCCAACCGGACACUGGGACAGACCUUGGCAAGGACGAGUCGCAAUCUGGAGUGCCUUCAUGCCGCAAUGGGUGUUGAUGCACAGCAUUUCUUCUUUGCCUUCUUACCCGGAAUAACCAAGCCUCCGCGAGAUAUGCGAUGGCGUAAUCUACAGUUUCUCUCUUUAUAUACCUCUCACUUGACUCUGAAAGGCCAGGAUCGGCUACUUUGUGCUGCGGCGCUUGCAGCCAAGGUGAUGCCCAAAAUCAAAAUCUUCGAGUUAUGGACUGCCAGCCCACAACAACCGUGUAUAUUCGUCUAUGGACUCACGAGAAGAGGACCACCGCAAAUCUCGCUUGAUAGUAGCUGGGGCGCCAGAUUCAGCGAUCAAGCAAUAGAAUUAUGGGCUGAAAAAGCAAAAUUGGAUAACAGCAGGGAUGAGUUGUCUGUCAAGUACGGGGAUUUUGGCCCAUGGGGUAUCCCGGACCACAUUCCAGUUGUCCAAUAUCUGGUUACGCGAAAGCAGUUGUUGAGCGAGACUUCCCUGCAACAGCUACGGAAUCUAAUACCAGGUUGA